AACACAGGAAGUAAAUUGUUUAGGGGUAAUUUUAGCUAACUAGCUAACUGAUGAUGUUUACAUGCUUUUCUAACAGUACUGCGGAGCAGACCGUUAUUAAUCCGGUAUUUAUUCUUCAGAUUAACCAGAGAGACGAUGUGGCCAUUUAAAUCGCUCCACGCCUUCAGAUGAGAACAUUCCUUUUUUGUGCAUGGGUGGUGUUUUACAUAUCAGUGCUACUAGCAGCGCGAAGGAUGUGGUCUGGAAAGUAUGUCCGCAGUCCACUGGCGCGGGCUGUUCUCAUGAACAUGGUAACAGAUGGUAAUUUUACAGGGCACGAAGUUCAAGAGUGGUACCGCUGCUGUCCAGACAUGCUUGGCGAAGCAAUUCGACCACUGUUUGUGCAGAGUCAGUUAGACGUGGAUACUCAGGCUUUCCUUCAGAGGAGUGUGGAGAAAUCUGGCUGGCUUUUUACCCAGCUCUACCACUCAUUGUUCUCCACUGUCUUCAGCCCCGUCAUCUCAAGAACAUCCAUCAACGGAUUUCUAGGUCGAGGCUCCAUGUUUGUCUUCUCAGGGGAACAAUUUCGCCACCUCCUCAAAAUUGGUCCAGACUGGAGCGGAGGAAGACUAUUGGACCUAGGAGCAGGGGACGGAGGUGUGACGGAUGUCAUGGGCUCUCAUUUUAGAGAGGUUUAUGCUACCGAGGUGUCUCCUCCAAUGAAGUGGCAACUCCACAGAAAGAACUACAGGUUGUUGGGAAUUGAUGAGUGGCAAAGGACAGGGUUCCAGUAUGAUCUUAUCAGCUGCUUGAAUUUGUUGGACCGAUGUGAUGAACCAUUAGAACUGCUCAGGGACAUCAAGAAAUCGCUGGUGCCAGGCUCGGGGAGGUUGAUCCUGGCAGUAGUACUUCCUUUUCAGCCUUAUGUGGAAAUGGGUGGAAACUGGAUACGUCCAAAAGAGCAUAUCCAAGUCAAGGGCAAGACCUGGGAAGAGCAAGUCACAAACCUGUCUGUGGACACUUUCCAGAAGAUUGGAUUUGAGGUGGAAGCGGUUACUCGUUUGCCAUACUUAUGUGAAGGAGACAUGAAGCAGGAUUUCUAUGUAUUAGAUGAUGCAGUGUUUGUGUUGAAGCCUCAGGAAUGAGUUCAUACUUGUCUUUUUAUGAUAAAAAAUGGUCAUUCUUGGUUCUGCUGUUAUGUUAACUUCUUGGAACACUUUUUUUUUUUACUAAAUGAGGGUGCAUCUGUUUAGAGAGAAGCACAGCAGAACACCUGCAAUUUUAAAAUGGGAGUUAUUUUUGUUGCAUAAUUUGCUUGACAAUUCAAUUUGUACAUUUAAGAAAAGACAAUUGGGAACACUAGACAAACAUGGGUAAAAAAAUCCUUCUAACAGAAAACUUUUAAGAUGUACCUACUGUGCAUGUAUUUUCACUUUGAAAAGAAGCACUGGUAAGCUUUUCCUGUUCCUUUUUGGAAAUUGAAAUGACUGUGCAUAGUUUUUAGGAUGUACCUACAAUGUACCUGGCUAUUUCAAGAUGAGUGCAGAGCACUCUGCUUAGCCACUACUUUAAGUACUGUUAAAGGCUUACCCAUUAAAAAAAAAACCUUUAACUCUG